AUGGCCGCUGCUGCUGCAUCGACCGACAAGGCCAGCUUGGACAAGCGAAAAGCGUCGGCGAAGAUGCUCGUGUCGCUUUACCCCAGAAUUCCAAAGACGGCCACGGUGCUGCUGGAGUUCUUCAUCAAGCGCGAGAGCAAGGUGUCGCUGAUGCGCGAACCACUGUCGCACUUUUGCCAGGAAGAGGUCGUUCUCCACGCGCAAGAGUGCCUACUGAAGCUCAACAAGCAAGUCAUCACGUACCAGGACAUCCGCGAUAUGGUCGAGAAUUUGUGUAUAAAGAAAAAUACGGAAGUUGCGAAAGAACUCGGUAACACCAUACGCAAGCUGAUUAUCAUCGUAUGCGAGGUAGCGACAUCAUUGGAGAAGAUUGCUGAAGUCCCCACCACAGACUGGAUGGCCAUCGGUGAAGCUAUUGUCAACAAGCUUGAGCGGAUGAAUCCACCUAAACCACUUCCAUUUUCCGCGUUUAUUCCACGGAUGCGUGAGUUCAAGAACCUGAAGAUGCUUGGGGCUGGCGGCUUUGGUGCCGUGUACCUGGCCAACUACCGCCCUGCCAACUUCGUGGUAACGGUGAAACUGGUUAACAUGGACCGAUUCAGCCGGCACAAGCAGGCCGCCAUGGACAAGGUGGUCGCGUCGGUCAUCAGAAACCCGUUUCUCGUCAAGUACUAUUGCUGUUUCUGCGUCAAGGAGGCGUACGUCACGGUCAUGGAGUACAUUGCUGGCCUGGAUCUGAUGCGUGUGGUAACCAAGGAGGAGUUCUUGGACAUCGACUCGACGCGCAUCAUCAUGGCGCAACUGAUUCUCGCGGUCGAGCACAUGCACUUGCGCGGGUUUCUUCACCGGGAUAUCAAGGUGUCCAACAUGCUCGUAUUGCCGGGCGGUCGAGUGAAAGUCAUCGACUUCGACACAGUUAAGGUCUGCAAUGGUCACUUCGCCAAGCGUCUCCUGAGAGGCUACUUUCGGAGAACUCCUUUCGAGUUCCACGAUGGCGAGUCGGCCGGCACCAUACCGUACAUGGCUCCGGAAAUUCUCAAAAGAAGACCGUAUGGUCGCGCUGCCGACUGGUGGUCCUCCGGUAUCGUCAUGUACAAGCUGAUGACGGGCCGGGUGCCAUUUCGAGGCAAGUCGAAGCAGUUGCUUCGCGAGCGCAUCAUCACGUCACCGCUAAAGUGGCCGCGGGCAGACGAGCAUCCGCACUCGGCGACCACGCCGGCUAAGGACAUGACCUACCGGUUGCUCAAGAAAAACCCUGUGGAACGGCUCGGCUCGCGAAACUACAGCGACUUGAAGACGCACCCCUUCUUCGACCAGUUCGACUGGAAGAUGCUGUUCCUCAAGACCGAGUUGUGCGACAUACCGAGCAUCACAGAACUCAUGAACAUCGACGCCGAGAAAGACCGCAAGGCUGGCGACCCCGAGGACAAGCGCAAGCACCAGCAGAUGGAGGAAAUGACCGACGUCAACCCCGAAAGCCAGAAACCGCUGCUCUGCUACGCUUCGCCUAGUUUCAAGAAACUCAUGCUCAAGGUAAAGUCGACCAAGGCGUUCAAGGUAUCCGAUUCCUUCAUGGAGACCAGCGCGCAGAGCUCCACAGCCAUCGACUAUCAAGGGAACUCUCCGAUGUCCAUGAGCAGAACUGCAGCUCUGAGCAGCGUUGAUGGUAAAGACGGCGCACCUGCCGAAAAGGUGGACCUCAUGCUGUACCGGAAGAAGAAGUACCUGAAGUUUUGGAGCUUCGGUUUCUCGCUGCAGCGCGUAAAGGGAGAAGAGGCGAGCUUCACCUAUGUAGAUACGGUGACCAAGGGCUCGCCUGCCGACAUGUCCAAGGUGCUGCCGCUGGACUUCAUCCUGCAAGUGAACGGCAUCGCGGUGCUGGACGCACCGCUACCUCGCAUCAAGAAGAUGAUCAGCAGCGCCGGCGACCAGAUGGUGCUGUCGGUGAUGUCUUCGAGUCCGUACCGGCUGCUCGUGAGCCGUCGCGACAUGCUGAGCAUCAUGCGCGGCAUACCGCUCGAGUCCGCCGUCGUCAAGGCCACCAAGCUCACCUGUAUCGGCGCUAAACCGUACGGCAUCAGCCUCCUCGACGUUGACGUCACGGACGACAAACUGAAGCAGUCGUCUAAGUGUUUCAUGCUUCUGUACGCUGACGUGAUCAGUUCCAACAAGAAGAUGGUCUUUCCGGGCGACGUGCUAUUCGAGAUCGACGGCACGUCGGUGGACGGCUUGUCGCGGUCGCACGUCGAUCAGCUCCUGAGCUCGGGCAAGCCCGAGAUCACGCUGUCGGUGGUCCCUCUGUCGCCCAUGCGCAAGAGGCGGUUCCUGAUCUCUAAGAUGCAAGAGACGGGAAUGAGCGACACCAAUGUUGCGUCGAGGUCUACGGCUGCUGAAAUAGACUGA